CUGAUUUCUGUCUCGUUCCUCUCUCAGACCUCAGCACCGGCUCACGUCUACGGAUUAAAACUCGGAACUCUGUGGAAUACUCAAAACAAUCCUGAAUACUUUUUCCUGGAUCUUUUUCUUUUCUUCUUCUUCCUGUUAUACCCAAGUUGGAAACUAUGAAGCUGUGUGUGCUGGCAGUUCUCGCCCAUGCGCUCGUUAUUUUCACCCUGGCGGGCGGCGCAUCUAUAGACAGGUACGAGUCGGAGAAGCCUGCACAAACCACUGUGAUUCACCUGCUGCGCACAUCCGAGGCCCUGAACGACAAAAGGCCAGCUGAGGCCAACACCAAGCACGAGGACCACCGGCAAGAGGAAGAGGAGGAAUAUUACUACGACGACGAUGAACAAUACGAAUACGACCUGUCGGGGGAUUUCGAGAUGCCUCAAGUCGCAUUUUCGAGCAAACCUAAAGAUCCCACCACGGUGCUGAAUGCAGAGAGGAGCAAAGGUGAAACGAGCGAGAGGAAAGGAAAAGGAGAAAGGAAAGGAAAGGGAAAGGGGAAAGGGAAGAAGAAGAAUCCUUGCUUGAAGAAAUAUAAGGAUUAUUGUAUCCAUGGAACGUGCCAGUAUCUGAGAAAGAUCGGCCCUUCCUGCAUAUGCAAUCAAGGUUACUCAGGAGAGAGGUGUCUCUUCUUCACAUUACCCGUGGGAUCGACUGGAGAAGGCUACAAUCGAACGACAGCCCUGGCCGUCGUGGCCGUCGUUCUCUCGUCGCUCUGUCUAACCAUCAUCGGCCUCCUCUUAGCACUCAGGUUUCACAAACGAGGCACAUACGAUGUAGAAAGCGAGGAGAAGGUUAAGCUUGGCACAUCUACGCACCGCUAAAUCACAGGAGCUCACGGGUGACUGUGAAGUCUGUGAAAUUCUACCUCAAAAUAAAAUAGACAAGAUGAAGGCCAAGAAAGAAAGAGAGACAGAGAAAGAGAGACAGAGAAAGAGAGACAGAGAAAGAGCGUUACGGAUGUCGUCUGAGUCGUGACGUCACAAGCGGUCUGCUGCGAUCGGGACUCAUCAGGAUGUUCAGCACCCGGAGCUCGGUGCUCGGCCCCCAUGGAGCUACAGUGUGAUGAAGAAGAAAAAGAAGGAGAAGAAGAAGAAGGACUGAGGCAUCGAGGCAUGUUUUGGACGCAGAUUUCCGCGUACUGUGGGUUCGGACAUUGACUGAUAAAGAGACGUAGCCCUGAAACGACCUAUUUUUACCUGUAAAAAAAAAUGUCUAUUUAUGUACAUUUUGUUUUUGAGACCCUAGUGUUAAUUUAUUUAUUUAAAUAUUUAUUUGUACUACGCUUUAGAGGCUCUGAUUUUACUGUCCAUGUGUUUGAAAUGUGUCAUAUACAAAUAUAUCUAUCUAUCUAUAUAUAUAUAUUUAAUACUGUAUUUAUUAAAAAGAAAUUUCUUAAAUAUUACAAAAGAAACGACAAAAAGCAUCUCGAACAAUUCAGCAGCGUGUCAUCGAAUCAUUUCUCCCUCCAUUACAGUAUUAAAUACCUUCAUCAACAUGUUUUUGUAGCGUUCACAUCCGACUUUCAAAUAUCUAUAGUUUCUUGCUUAGUGAGAAAUCAUGAUGAAACCAGAUAAGUUUUACAGCAGGUUUUAUUCAGCCAGAAAAGCUUUCACAGUGUUAAAAAAAAUGGAAAAA